UGUUCUAAGUUUUCUCUAAUUCGUGGUUUUUUUGGGUUUUUUGCAAGUAAUUGUUGAAAUUGGGUGACAAUUCGUCUUGGUUUUUGUGAAAAUUUGCUCGACUCUUUCUCUCCAAGCAUCUGGCCUUCGACCUCAGCCUUCGAACUCAGCCGCCUUCGAAAUUGAGGAGUGAGUCUGUACUUCAGCCCCUCAACCAGUUGCCUCUUCCAAAUGUCAAACGGGAGCUUAUAAUGCUUUCUUUACAGGCAAUAGCUAGCCAGGCCAUUGAUCCUAUUGCUCAGCUGAUGGAGACAGCUUAUAUUGGCAGUUUAGGUCCUGUACAGCUGGCAUCCGCUGGUGUUUCUAUGUCUAUCUUUAAUAUCAUUUCAAAGCUAUUCAACAUACCACUUCUUAGUGUUGCUACUUCUUUCGUAGCUGAAGAUUUAGCAAAGUCUUCUUCAGAUGGCGAUGAAAAAAAUGAAAGAAAACAGUUAUCAUCAGUUUCGACAGCGUUAUUUCUCGCUCUAGGCAUUGGCAUCAUUGAGGCGCUAGCUUUACUUUUGGGAGCUGGAUCAUUCCUCAGGUUAAUGGGUGUCUCAGCAGAUUCUCCUAUGCGAGUACAAGCAGAGAAGUUUCUGUCGCUUAGAGCUCUUGGUGCCCCCGCUGUUGUACUUUCUCUGGCUCUUCAGGGUGUGCUGAGGGGAUUUAAGGACACAAAAACCCCUGUAUUCUGUCUAGGUGUUGCCAAUCUUGCAGCUGUUUUUCUGUUCCCGCUUUUCAUAAAUUAUUUUCAGAUGGGUGUCACUGGAGCAGCCACUGCCACUGUUGUGUCUCAGUAUGCACUUUCUUCCUGAAGUCUGUUAGUCGGCUUUCUUUUAACUAUAUUGGUAAUCAUGCUGCUUGUUUGUGCUCCAGAUACAUAGGUAUCUUCUUGAUGAUUUGGUUUCUUAGCAAGAGAGUAAUAUUAUUACCUCCAAAAUUUGGAGAUCUGAAGUUUGGGGUCUAUUUAAAAUCUGGUGAGUGUCAGAGAAAUGUUUAUGGUUAUUUUCUGUUUUUGAUUCUUUAUCCAACACAUUGAUUUUAAUAACCUUCUACUUAAUAAUCACCAUUACAAACUUCUUAAAUUAGUCUGCUUAAGUGGCCAUUGUUUGUACCUACUUAAAGUGUUACUCGUACAUGUUUGGAUUGCCGUCUGUUUCCUUAUGUUUACCUUCUUUCCAGGUGGAUUUCUGAUUGGAAGAACUGUGGUUGUUUUGAUAACUAUGACGAUUGGGACCUCGGUGGCUGCUCAUCAAGGUCCUCUAGCUAUGGCUGCUCAUCAAAUCUGUAUGCAAGUGUGGUUGGCUGUCUCUCUUUUAACUGAUGGAUUGGCCGCAUCUGGUCAGGUCUACACUCCGAGGAUUGCGCCUUAUGCGAGGAAUUUGAUGUGGUUCGUGAGCAAUGGGCUAAGUUUUUUUACCAACAAGUAUUUAUUAUUGGCUUUAGCGCGCUUGAUCGAGUUGGUUUAGUUGUUAUAGAAUAAAUUUUAUAUUAAAAUGUAUGUUUAUGUUGAAAUUGGAACAUAUAUUUAAAUGUAAUAUGUGCACUUUGGUUUUGGGAUAUAUAGUAUACAAAACUCCAGUUGUUGUUUUUAUA